CUUUCCCCGCUCCAAACAACUCGCCAUUCAAAACUCAACAGUGAAGCGGCGGCGGCUCGUCCGCACGGCAUGCCUACGCUUUACUCCGCCGUGAAGAGGGGAAUCAAAUUGAGGCUGCCUCGCCCUUCUCUUGCCUCUCGAGCGACGAUUCCUCGCCGCGGUUGUCGCAGCAGCUGCGGCCCUCCCGACGCCGUCGUCUCGCACGAGUCGCUCCUCCUCCGGCUGCAGUCGGGCCCCGUGCUCGCGGAGGUGCGGAGACUGCACGCCGCCCUACUGGUAUGCGGGUACCGUCGCAGCGCCGUCCUCUCCGCGCAGCUGGUGCGCGCGUACGCCAGGCUGGGGGGUGCAGGGCUCGGCCACGCGCUGGGUGUGUUCGACGGAAUGCCUAGGAAGAACUCCUUCGCGUGGAACGCCGUGAUUAAGGGCCUCGUCGACGCCGGCAGGUUCUCGGAAGCGCUGGAGCGCUACUGGGACAUGGUCAGUGAUGGCUCGGUCACUGCUGAUCGUUUCACUUACCCGCCUGUUCUAAAAGCGUGCGCGGCGCUUGGAGCUGUUGAGCAGGGGAGAAGGGUUCGAGAGAACAUUGAGACAGAAAUUGCCCGUGGCAGUGCGGUGCCCAAUUUGUUUGUGCAGUGCGCACUUGUGGACAUGUUUGCCAAGCGUAGGUGCUUGGGUGAAGCAAGGAGUGUGUUUGAGAGCAUGGGAGUAAGGGACUUGGUUGCAUGGACUGCAAUGAUCGGAGGGACCGUGCAUGGAGGGGACUGGUUCGAGGUGAUGGAUUUGUUCAAUCGCAUGAGGUCAGAAGGGUUUCUGCCUGAUUCUGUAAUUUUUGCUACUGUUAUUCCGGCAUGUGGUAGGGUGAAAGAGCUGAUGACUGGAAUGGCAUUGCAGGGCUGUGCAGUAAGAUGUGGAGUCGGCGAUGAUAUCUGUGUCAGUAAUGCUUUGGUUGAUAUGUACUGCAAAUGUGCUUGUCUGGAUGUGGCAGCUUCUCUUUUUUGGUCUAUCCAUUACAAGGAUGUAGUCUCUUGGAGCACCAUAAUCGCGGGGCAUUUACAAAAUGGAAUGUAUGGCUCAGGUAUCAAUUUGUUUACUGAAAUGGUUUCUUCAGGAGUAAAACCUAACUCGACUACUCUGGCAACCAUACUUCCUAGUCUUUCAGAACUCAAGUUAUUCAGAUAUGGAAAAGCAAUUCAUUGCUUCUCCAUUAGACAUGGACUUGACCACAGUGAGUUUCUGGUGAGUGCAUUCAUUGACUUCUACAGUAAACAAGGACUUAUUGGGAAAGCAGAAAUUAUAUUUCAGUUCACUCCAAAGAAAGAUUUAGUGAUUUGGAAUUCAAUGGUUGGAGGAUAUGCUGUGAAUGAGGAUUCUGAGUCAGCAUUACAUGCAUUAAGGGCACUGCAGAAAGUGGGACUAAGACCUGAUCAUGUGACUGUUGUUUCAGUUCUUCCGCUAUGCAAUCAACACUCCAGGCUUCUUCAGGGUAAGGAACUACAUGCCUAUGCCAUCAGGCAUAACAUAAGUUCAGUUUGCUCAGUUAGUAAUGCACUUAUAGAUAUGUACUGCAAGUGUGGUUGCCUAGAAAUAGCCAGCAAUACUUUUCUACUGAUGACAGAGCGCAAUGCUGUUACAUAUAACACUCUGAUUUCUUCUCUAGGAAAGCAUGGUCAUGAUGAUCAAGCAUUCAUUCUUUUUGACCUAAUGAAGAGAGAUGGAGUUUUUCCGGAUAAAGUGACUUUUGUAGCUCUGUUGUCAUGUUGUAGCCAUGCAGGCCUUAUUGAUAAGGGCUUCCGCUUCUACAAUUCCAUGUUACGGGACUAUAAUCUCACUCCAGAUAAGGAGCACUUUUCAUGCAUUGUUGACCUUUAUAGCAGAUCUGGGAAGCUUGAUGAUGCUUGGAGUUUUAUUGCAAAUUUACAAGAAGUGCCAGAAAUCGAUGUUCUUGGGUGUCUAUUGUCAGCAUGCAGAGAGCAUAAUAGAAUGGACAUUGCGGAGCUUGUCGCAGAAAGAAUAUUUGAACAAAACCCCAAUGAUCCUGGCUAUCAUAUUCUGCUGUCUAACAUCUACGCGAAUGCUGGAAUGUGGUCUGAUGUGACUAGGAUAAGAAAUAUGAUAGAAGAGAGGAGCUUGAAGAAGAGAACAGGAAAUAGCUUGAUUUGACCAUCGGCUUGUGGUUCCUCAUACAUAUUUGUAUCUAUUUGUAUCUAUGACUGCCAUAUUCAAUGGUAAUAUACAGAUCUUGCAAAAGUACGCAUGGUCACUUAAUACCAUAUCCUGGACACAUAAGACAAGAUCAAGAGUAAAACUGUUGAUAAAGAACACCAGAGCAACAGCUACUGCAUCAAAACAUGUUCAGAGGUCUUCUCUGGUGAAAUUUUCGUAUUUGUGGGCAUAGCUCUGAAGAAACAGAAGCAACCCACACUUCCAAUUAUGUUCUGUUUGAAGUUUUUCAGUGAUUGUGAAAUAUAUUUUUUGCCAUGAUUCUUGGGGGUUAUUUGCCGUGGCAGAUAGUUAGACUGCACAUGUCAGUGCAGUUUUUCUCCAUACUGGGUUUCAGCAUGACCAAGCUUUUGCUUACUCAUGAAUCAGUUCACCUGUUGCUAUCAUAUACAACAAUGGUGUCUCCAUCAAUGGAUGCCAAAAGUAGAAUCAAUAAAGCACCCGGAUUUCACUGAUGAUGCAUCAUAUGCCAUGCACAAGGGCAGUUAAUUAAUGAAGGUUCUGGGCCAACACAAAGGAGUGGUCUUAUGCAUGUUUUCAUCAGAUAGUGGAUACCCUGCUUGUGCUAUCGAGCGUUGCUGCUGUCUGAAGUUUGUGCAUUGGAUUGAGCUCAACAACGUGGCCUACAUUAUUGCAGCCUUUGUCCCAUUCUGCUUCCCAGAAUCUAUGGGUCCAGAGCUCCAAAAAGUGAAAAUGCUAUCACUUGAUUGAUGGUUUGUGCUACUAUUAUUGUGCCAUUGUGUAGAUCGAGUAGAUUAACUUGCAAGCUUCAAGAAGGUAAAGCUCAAAGCGAACGGGCAUCCUUAUCCGAUCCAGGUCACCUCUGUUCGUCGACUCUAUCAAAAAAGCGCCAAUGGCCGGUGUGAUAUGACUUGGACCACGUGCCAUCCUGCACCGGUUCCGGGACAGCUUGGCUUUCUUUAUGGUAUGCCUGCUAUCGCAAACUCUGGGAUGAUUUUCAGGCCAAGCCAAGUCGCACUGGACUGCACAUGUAGAACAUUGGAGUCUACUCUAAAGGCACAACCCGUCCAGAGUCAAGAUCCACAAGAACAUGCUGAAAGUCUCCGAGCAAACCGAUGGAAUAUUGAAAAGCCCGCCUGUUUCGAUUCGGCCCGAACAUGACUGGUAGCAACGAAAGCAGGUUGCUUACUUGUCAUGAACAUCAUGAUUCGCUAGGAGAGAGGAGGACUGGAGCGGGCAGAUGUACAUGAGAGAGAUGCAAGACUUCGAUCAAAUGCCGUGCAUGAUUGAUCGACGCGGGCCAUCCUGGAGACCGUGGGAACGAAAGGGUCGAUCCACGGCCACCGUCCCUAUCAACAUGAUCCCACUAAACGCUACUACUAAACAAUGUCAUGUCAAACCAAAAGGUUGUUCUCUGAUGAAAGCAAAAUCAGAAAGAUCUGCUACUGCUGGCUGGUAGGAUUAGCACGAUGGAGUAAUGACCAGCUUUGAUUUCUUUUCUUUUCUGUUUUUUUUUUGGGGCGGUGAGCCGUGGUAGAUGUUACUUCCGUGCCAACUCGUUGGACCCCUCUUCGGAGAGAGAGGACUCGUAUCAAAGGAAUGGUUAUACAAUUACUGCCCGGGAUUCACUGCAACCGAGGUGCACGCUUCCCCUGGCUGGCAGCUGGCACAGCCUGACCGACCAUGAAACACGAGUGUUUUUGUUUAAGGGGGUUUUCUUAAUGCUCCCGGAGGAGUGCAGUUUAGGGUGUGUUCGA